AUGACGGUUGGUGAAGUCUCAGAGCCGGGGCUGUGGAGGUUUGCACUGCACAUCUUGAUGCUGGCUCGUGACAACGGAGUUCAGCUGAGUGCGCCAUCGGCGGCCAACGACGCGCUGGGUUUACUUGGAGAAGAUGAACAGCGGUGGGUCAUGGCGUGUCGCCUCGUAGAAGUCAUGCUGCUGCGUGGGAAAAGGGAGGGAUUGGUGGGGGAUUCCAGUAACAAAGUUCGUCCAAAUGUGGUUUCCGAUUACCACAUGUGCCGGGGUCUGUGCCAGCAUUGGCAUCUUGCACCUCGUUACGCCUCGCUAAUGAUUCAUGCGGGAAAUAUUUGUAUAUUUGAUGAUAGUCAAGUGACUGAUCGCCUGUUAAAAGCCUGCGUCCGUGGGCACCGUUGGGCGGAGGCGUUGCAUACAAUGCAACAGUCCCUAGAAGGGAAUUUGGGCAACGCGGGCAAAACAGACGAGGAUUGUAUUCGCACCGACAUUUUCCUUCACGUUUUUGCGCGUAUUGCACGAGUGCCAGAAGGGGUCCCUUGCCACGCAAUUCCUUCAGCAGUCACAGCAGUCAAGGCACGUUAUCACGGAUACCAGGAGGAAGGCGUGUGA